CUCCCCCUCUCUCUCAAACACACAUACACACAGUCACACAUACUCCCUCCACUAAGGUUGCCUAUGGUCUGAGCAAUAACAGGACCCCACCCCCCACAUGGGAGCUAUGUUAUGUCAGUGUUCCAGGGUUGCUGUCUGUGUGUUUAUCCAGCUGCCUGCUACCCUUCUUUGUCUGUAAUUACAGCAGGACCACUGCACAAGUGGUGUCAUUUCACGCAGGAUUUCACUCAGGCAGUACGAUGGGCUACCCGGACUCCAGCCGACGUCAACACGGACGUCUAGACCUAAACACAGACGUCUAGACCUAAGCAUGGCUGCUACGCUGCCAUCUACGCUGCCAUCUACACUGCCCAGACCAGACUGUCACAUGGACAGGAGUGGGAGCUUCUUUAAGGUCUCAGAUGGACUCACAGACUCAGACCUAAGCAUGUCUGCUACGCUGCCCAGACUAGACUGUCAUGUGGACAGGAGAGAAAGCUUCUUUAAGCUGAUAGACACGUUUGCGCUGGAGAUAGGGGAGCUGAAGCAAGAGAUGGUCCAGACCUCCCCAACAGAGGACAGAGACCCAUACCCUAUGGUUCUACAGGGGUUGGAGGGGGAGGUGAGCGGGGUUUACCUCCAGUCCUCGCCCUGCGCUGGCACCAGUGGUGAAAGGGAUUCCGGGUACGACUCCCUGCGUAGGCGGAUGAGCGUGCUGGACAGACUGAGGCAUACGCACCCCGUGUGGCUACUGCUCACGCUCAGUGACACGGAGGCCACACGUAUACUGCUGCAGCAGCCUCCAGGGGUAUUCCUGGUGAGGAAGUCAUCCACUCUUCAGAGGAAAGUUCUGUCUCUAAGGGUCAGUGAUGAUGACGCCUCAGGAGGAGCCAGCGUCUGUGACUUCCCUGUCAGAGAGAGUCAGUACACCUUUUCUCUGGAAGGAUCUGGGAUCAGUUUUGCAGACCUGUUUCGCCUGGUGGCCUUCUACUGUAUCAGCAGGGACGUCCUUCCCUUCACCCUGAAUCUCCCAGAAGCCAUUGCAGCCUCCAAGACUCAGAAGGACCUGGAGGAGGUGGCCCAACUAGGAGCAGGAUUCUGGCACUCUGCUCUAGGCAGCCUGCGAAGGACAACCUCUCCCUCUCGCCCUCCACCUCAGCGCCCUGACAGAGACGGUGACAACCAGGGUGCAGAGAGGACACAAGAGAAACAGAGUGUGACUCGCCACAACAGCGUUCCUCCAGCUCGUCCCCCUUCCUCCUCCUCCUCUCGCCUGGAGAGAAGCCAGUCCAACGGGGCUCUUUGCUUCGUCAACCCCCUCUUCCUCCAGACUCACCGGCGGCUUGAGGAAGACCCUCCAUUCUCUUCCUCCUCUCCUUCCCCCUACGUCACACACUCCACUCCCAGCCUGGGAACUACCGGUGGGACGUCUUCGGCCCCUGUCACGGACCCCAACGUGAACAGGAAGUCACGCCCACCUCGGCCCCCGCCUCCCCAUUCCCUCUCAUUCCCGCCCCCCCAUUCCCUCUCCCAGCGCCGCCAAGCUCCCCCUCCCCCCACCCCUCUACCCCAGAAACCCAAGAGCAGCAUGCCCGAAACGCCCACAGCCAUUGUUGUCACCAGGCAACCACUGCAACCCUCAUCCAAUCAGAACCUUCGCCCCACCCCUCGCCCUCCCAUGGGUGCCAGGCACAGCAGCCAUUCCAAAAAGACGACGAGCAGUGCCGCCAUCCCUGUGCCCCACCAACACCCUCAACACCCUCUUCCCCCACGCCCCAAAAAACCUGACAUUGACGCCCACCGGUGCCACAUUGCUCUUGAUGAUGAGACUAUCGCCAAGGCUCUGUCCCGUGCCAAGCUUCCCCCGUGCCAGGCACCGGCCAUACCCACUCCUUCCGUAGUGGGAAAUGGUGCUGGUAGCCCUCCCAGCCCUCCAGAUAAGACCUCCAGGCGAGAGGGACAAGAGGGGAGGCUGAGCGACAUGUCCAUCUCCACCUCCUCCUCAGAUUCUCUGGACUACUCCCACCCUCCCCUCUCCCUCCCCGCCAGCCCCCCUCUCAGAUUACGGCAUCACCUUGGCAACAACAAGGACAGCAGCGACGACGAAGACCUCUGUGAUGAAGAAGAGGAAGACUACGGCGUCAGCCUGGAGAACGACCUGGACCAGGGCCUCCGUCCUCCCUUCAAAGCCCACCGGAGAGGGGUCGGGGUCAAAGUUGCGCUGAGCUUCCGAAAAGUUUCUGGAGUCUUCAGCACGUUCAUGACCCCAGAAAGGCGAGCCGUGAGGAGGAUAGCAGAGCUCUCCAGGGACAAGAGUUCCUACUUUGGAUGCCUGGUUCAGGAUUAUAUCAGUUUUGUACAGGAGAAUAAGGGGUGUCAUACGUCAGGCUUAGACCUCCUGCAGACCCUCAGACAGUUCAUGACCCAGAUGAAGGCCUACCUGACGCAGAGCUCCGAACUGGACCCGCCCAUCGAAUCACUCAUACCCGAGGAUCAGAUAGACCUUGUCCUGGAGAAGGCCAUGCACAAAUGUGUGUUGAAGCCGCUGAAGGGCGUAGUGGAAGUGGCCCUGCACGACUUCCAGGUGAGCAGUGGAGGCUGGCAGCAGCUGAGGGAGAACCUGGCCCUGGCUAGGACCCGGAGGCCCCAGGACCUGGGUGUGGACGGGGCCGUGCCCCCUGACCCCAUGGCCAUCGAGAAGAUCCGCCACAAGUUCCACAACAUGAGGAAGAUGUACUCCCCGGAUAAGAAGGUGUCGCUGCUGCUCCGAGUGUGUAAACUCAUCUACACCAUCAUGCAGGAUAACUCAGGGAGGAUGUACGGAGCAGAUGACUUCCUACCGAUGCUGACCUAUAUCCUGGCCCAGUGUGACAUGCCUCAGCUGGACACUGAGAUCCUCUACAUGAUGGAGCUGCUGGACCCCUCACUGCUGCAUGGAGAGGGUGGCUACUACCUGACCAGUGCGUACGGGGCCAUGGCUCUCAUCAAGAACUUCCAGGAGGAACAGGCAGCCAGGGUCCUCAGCUCCGAGGCCAGAGACACCCUGCACCAGUGGCACCGCCGACGCACCGCCCAGCGCACGGCACCCUCCGUGGACGACUUCCAGAACUACCUGCGAGUCGCCUUACAAGAAGUCAACAGCGGCUGCACAGCCAAAACCCUCCUAGUCCACCCGUACUCCACCACCGAAGAAGUAUGCUCGCUCUGCGCCAACAAGUUCAAAGUUCAUGACCCCGAGAACCACGCCCUCUUUCUCAUCACUGAGGCAACCAGUCAGCAGCUUGCCCCGGACACACACCCCCAGCGAAUCAAAGCAGAGAUACACAGCCACUCAAACUCGCAACCCUUCCAUUUUGUCUACCGCAGAGUGCCCAACCUUAACCUGUGUAUACCAGCUACCCCAGCUAACCAGCACAAUGGCAACUGCCUACUGCCUAGCCAAUUGGAUGACUGAAACUUAAUUGAAAUGAAAUAAAACGUUAUUGAUCCCUAGAGGGGACAUUGGAUUUUUCACUAGUGUACAAACACAUACAGGGACAAUUCAGACUCAUACAUCAGAACACAUAGACAUGAGAGCACUGAUGGAUGGUGUAACAACACAAUACCUGACUGCUGACACUGAGGCAGUCCUAAUAUGGACACCACACGGUUAUGUGGGUAUGAUACUGAAUGGUGAUACUGAGGAUGUCCUACUAUGGACACCGCACAGGUGUAUCCAUAGAAUGGUAGUGAAUGGCGGAAAUUGAAAAAAUGCACUGUAUGUUUCAACUAUAGGGUCAGAGAAUGUUGCUGUGUGUUGUGAAGGGAUCCUAGACUACUCAAUGGAAAAAGUAGUUCCUAUUCUUCUAAAAGUAGACAGAAAGAGGAAGCAGGUGUGGAGAGAAGUGUCUGGUGUCUGCAUGUAUUUCACUCUCUUUUUAGGGAUACGGCACGUGAGCAUCAGGAGUUGGUUGGUCAAGUCCAGUGUCGGGUCAGCUUGGACUUUGUGUUUCCUAAAGGAGGAGCACAAAAUGGCCGCCACAGAGCCCUCCAUACUCUGAUACGCGUGCUCUGAGAACUGACUGAAGUUUCUAGUAGUAUGACUGGGGCCUGAAGUAUACUUUUUAAGAAACACCCUUGUCCAGACUCUUUUGUGAGGUCAUCGGACCAGGAAGUUCUCUUACAUCACAUCCUCACUGUCUGUUUUCGCUACAAGGACAAAUGUACAUGCAUGCUCCUCUUGAAGAAGUCAGUGUAUCUGACUGUGUCUUCUUCUAACACUGGGACCUGGUUAGAGAACGCAGAGCUUCUGCUCCUUUCCGGUGCUUGACUUGGGCAGGAGCUCAUCGGAGCUGAGUACCGGCACCUCAAAUGUUCUGCUGCUUGAGCUCCUGUUCCUCUUAUAGAAUAUUAGCUCAAAAGUAUUGUGGAGCCCCUGCACCUGAAUUUUAACAGUACUGGCACCCAGAAUCAAAUCCAGAGCUGCUGCUUUCUAUCCAUGUCAACACAUAGAAUGGGAUGACCUGACUGUGAUCUCACAGUUGUCUUUUACAUUACUUCUGGGGCUUGAUUCAAUCUGUAUCGCCGAAAUUCAGCGCUAUAGCGGAAGGUUGACGUUUAUUGUCAUGAGUCUUGCCCUGGGGGCAGCAGUGAGCGAUUUCCGCUAGAUGGGCCAGCUGCAAAGCCAAAAUUGUCUAUUUCAUAAAAAUUAAUGAAGACUAAAUGUAGCUUUUUGUUCUUCAUUUAAGGUUAUGGUUAGGCAUUUGGGUUAGCAGUGAGUUUAAAGUUACAGUUAAGGUUAGGGUUAGGUUUUUAUGACUUUGUGGCUGUGCCAGCUAGUGACCACUAUGUAGAGCUGACUCCAUGGCAAGAUUCAUGACAAUAAAUGCCAACCUGCAUUUAGCAUGCUUGAAAUUUAAAGGCAAUUUCUGAUUGAGCCGACAAAUGCAGUUUACCAUGAAUGCAGUCUCCAUAAACGUGGGAACAUUGCCAUUAAAUGUGAGCAAGAGCAAGAGCAAUGUGCAGGUUGGGAGUCGGAGGAGGAAUUCGAUGAAAGAUUCCGGAGAGAGGUGGUAGCGAUGUGCAAUGUGCAGGUUUCUCUUUUCUUUGAGGUUAUCGUAUUCCCUCGCACCUGCAACCAGAUAACUCAGAUGUGCGAGUGCUUUUUUGAAAUAAGAAAUGCAAUUAUAUCAAAUUAUACAAGUGAAUAUAUUUUUCUGUAGCAUUUUGUAUUAUUAUUUUGCUGUAGUUGCUGGUCAACUGGAGACAACGUAAAAGUGUAGAUUGUGUUUUUAUAGGAAAAUUCUAUUUUAUUUGGAUUGAAAACAUAACCAGUGUGUUCCUGAGAUCAUUUCCCCCACAUGCCGUUCGAUUUUAUGCCAGUAAAUUAAACCAAUAAAUAUUUUGGAGACAGAAUCUGAAUUGACUCAACUAAACGUUUGUCUAUACCAGCUGCCUCAGCAAAUGGGAAUGACUGUAUUCGAAGUUGUACUAGAAAGUUGAUAUUGUAUUGGUUGACGAGAAUAUACUAUUUUUGUUUCUGUCUGUUAUCUAUAGGGGUCACUGGCUGAUUCCUUAUCAGCUAUUGAGAAGAGAUUACAAUCUAAACUAAUUUCCCCUUGAGGAUUAAGAAAGUACAAUGUCAUCUCAGUCAGUAUUAGUGUGUCUUACUGAGAGAGUUUGGUGAUCUCUAAAAAGAGAACGGUCAACAGUUUUAUUGAGAUAAGUAUUGUACAGUCAGUUGAUAUAAUGGUAAUCAUUCGGUUACAACAUAACCAUUUCUAACCGUUUUAAUACUGCACAUACAGAAAUUCUCCUCACACACUUUGUGAUUGCUAACACCUGUAUGAUUUUUUCCAUCACUGUUUUGCUGUAUUCAAAUCUGACAAGUAGAAACGGAUAUCUAGUAUGUUCGAAUAAUAUUAUGACACUUAAUGCAAUGCUUAAAACACUACUGCUAAACCAACCAAACUGUAUUUUUGAUCAUGUAUAUGUUCUGGGGGAUUUUUUAAAUUUAUUUUUCGAAUUGUAAUGCAAAGAAAGUUGAUGAAAUGGGGGGUGGGGGUUAACAUAUGCGAGAUGGUAUUUGGGUGUCCUCUCCCAAAAGCCCUGUAGCCUUUCUUUGACUAUUGCACCCAUUAAAACUCAAUUGCCCCAUUA